GAUUGAUUCCUAGUUUAAUUCCAUUGUAGUCAGAGAACAUACUUUGUUCUAUCCUUUUAAAUUUGUUAAGCUAUGUUUUAUGGCCUAGAUUGUGGUCUAUCUCAGUGAAUGUUCCAUGUGAGCUUGAGAAAGAAUCUAUAUUCCGCUGUUGUUGAAUUAAGUAUUGUAUAAAUGUCAAUUAGAUCAAUUUGAUUUAUUUUUUCAGUUCAACUAUAUCCUUGCUCAUUUGCUGCCUGCUGGAUGUAUUAAAAUGGUAUUAAAAUAUUUUAAUGGUAUUUUAAAAAUGGUAUUAAAAUAUUCUAUUAUAAUAGUGAGUUUACCUAUUUUUCCUUGCAGUUUUAUCUUUUUUUGCCUCACAUAUUUCGGUGCUCUGUUUUUAAGUACAUACAUGUUAAGUAUUGUUAUGUCUUCCCAAAUAAUUGAUCCCUUUACCUUUAUGUAAUGUCCCUGUUUAUACUUGAUAAACUUCCUUGUUCUGAAGUCUGCUUUUCUUGAAAUUAACAUAGCUACUUCAGCUAUUUUUUUAGUUAGUGUCAGCCUGGUAUAGCUAUCUCUAUUUUUUUGCUUUUAAUGUAUUUUCUUGUGGAUAACACACAACUGGGCUUUGUUUGUUUUUGAAAUCCACUCUCACAAUCUCUCUUUUAAUUGGUGUAAUCAGGUUAUUCACAUUUAAAGUGGUUAUUGAUAGAGUUGGAUUAAUAUCUACAAUGUUUGUAACUGUUUUGUAUGUGUCUCAGUUGACUUUCAUAUCUAAUUUUGAACUUGUAAUUUCACAUUCUUUGUCUUAAAGAGAACGCUUGCAGACCCCUUAAAAUCUGGAGACGCCCCCUACCUUGCACACAUUUUACUGGUAUGUGACGGUAGAAAAGCUGCACAGCAGUCUUGGCAGGCGGGGCAGGAAGGACGCAGGGAUUCACAGAUGCGACUGUGCAACGCACAGAUGCACUGGGUCUUUGCCUGGUGGGUUCAAAACCUCCAGACGCUGACAAACGCUGCAGCCAAUGAGUGGGUUCCCAUAGUCCGAUAUGGAGGGCAAGGGGCGGGACUCCCUCCUGCCUCUCGCUGGCUGGGUUCAGAGUCUCCGCGAAGAGACUGCGUUGGGCCCAGAGUGGGCGUGGCUUACGUGUCCGCCGGCUUUCCUGGCAGGCCUGGCAGGGGGGCCAGGUUGCCAUGACGACCGCGGCUAGGUCGCUGCAGACUCGAGCCAUGGGCAGCAGGAAGAAGGAAAUUGCCCUGCAGGUCAACAUCAGCACCCAAGAGCUUUGGGAGGAAAUGCUCAGUUCCAAAGGACUAACUGUUGUUGAUGUCUAUCAAGGCUGGUGUGGCCCCUGCAAACCUGUGGUGAGCCUCUUCCAGAAGAUGAGGAUCGAGGUCGGCCUGGACCUUCUGCACUUUGCAUUAGCAGAGGCAGAUCGUCUUGAUGUCCUCGAAAAGUACCGAGGGAAGUGCGAGCCCACCUUUCUGUUUUAUGCAGGAGGAGAACUGGUGGCUGUGGUUAGAGGAGCAAAUGCCCCACUGCUGCAGAAAACCAUCCUAGACCAGCUGGAGGCCGAAAAGAAAGUGCUGGCUGAAGGCAGAGAACGGAAAGUGAUUAAAGAUGAGGCUCUUUCUGAUGAAGAUGAAUGUGUUUCCCAUGGAAAGAACAAUGGUGAAGAUGAGGACAUGGUUUCAUCAGAGAGGACCUGUACCUUGGCCAUCAUUAAACCAGAUGCAGUGGCCCACGGAAAGACCAAUGAGAUUAUCAUGAAGAUUCAGGAAGCUGGGUUUGAAAUUCUAACAAAUGAAGAGAGAACCAUGACAGAGGCAGAAAUGCGACUUUUCUACCAACACAGAGCUGGAGAGGAGGCAUUUGAGAAGCUGGUACAUCACAUGUGCAGUGGACCAAGCCACCUCCUGAUCCUUACCAGGACUGAGGGCUUCGAAGACGUGGUCACUAGAUGGCGAACCGUCAUGGGCCCCUGUGACCCCAAUGUGGCCAGGAGGGAGCAGCCUGAAAGUCUCCGAGCUCAGUACGGCACAGAAAUGCCCUUUAAUGCCAUCCACGGAAGCCGGGACAGAGAAGAUGCUGACAGAGAACUGGCAUUGCUCUUCCCCAGUUUGAAAUUUUCAGACAAAGAUACAGAAGCCCCUCAGGGCGGUGAGGCUGAAGCAACAGAGGGGCCCACUGAGGCGCUUUGCUUUCCCGAGGAUGUGGAUUGAGAUGGCUGUGCUGCUCUUCCGGAGCACGUGACCAGGGGUCUACUGCACAAAACGGACCUCCAGAAUCGGAACUUACUCUUUUGAGUACCAAUACUUUUUCGUUUAGCUGUCUUUUGUAGACAAUGGAAAUAAUACGGCUGGGCGCAGUGGCUCACGCCUGUAAUUCCAGCACUUUGGGAGGCCGAGGCAGGUGGAUCAC